GUCGUGCAAGCUGGAUGUGAUCACAGCCAACAGCCUGCAGCGCCGUGGAGCGUCUGCACUGCACCGUGCCGCGUGGGGCCAACGCACGAACCACGCAGCAUGCAAGAGCUUUAAGUUCAAGGUGUCUCCUGGAAAUAGGAGGGGAACUCGAGUUUUCUUUUCUUCAUCUUCUGUCAACCCCUUGAGGCUCUGGAAAACUUGCCACCAAAAUGAUUUGGGCUGUUUGCACGCUGCUGUGUUGCCUUUGGGCGCCAGCAGCUGGACACGAAACCCCGGAGCGAGCGCCUUUCUUCCACGGCCACGUCUUUGAGAACUCGCCCGCGGCUUCUAAAGUGAACGGACUGAGCAUCCCGGUGAGGCGCAUCAAGGCGCAAAAAUGGUGCCCGGUGCCGGGGAUGCACCUCAAAGUGGACGGCGACGGCAGCCAAGAUUUCCGCGCUUUCGCCCACCACAGGCGGGGGAAUAUAUUGUUAAAAACUUCCAGGGUCCUGGACCGGGAAGUUCGCUCCGAAUACCUGCUGAGAGUCGCGCUGUGCUGCCACAGCUGCGCGCCGGACUCCGCGCUUGUGGAUGUAGCCUCGGUCAAAGUCAACGUUUUGGACACAAACGACCACGAGCCCACUUUUCGUCCUCCCCAAGUCGCGCACAUAACUUUAGACGACACCACGGCUAUCCGGAGUGUCGUUUACAGGCUGAGCGCCGUGGACGCAGACAGCGGCAAGAACGCAGACUUGACGUAUGCGUCGUCGCCCAAAAAUGGCACUUUUUACGUGGUCCCCAAGACGGGCGAGGUUUUGCUGCUCGACUCCAUUCUAGGCUUGCGGUGUGCAGUUGAAGUGUCCCUUUUUGCCACGGACCACGGAUGGCCGCCACUGAGGAGCGAACGCGCGGUGGUCACCUUCUCCCCGCGCAGGUGGCUGGAGAAACCGGCUCCGGAGAGGGCCAGGCGCGCACCGAGGGCGUCACUUUACCCGGCGGCCUCAAUCUCCCUCAACGUGUCUGAAGAUGCCAGCAUCGGCUCGGUCAUCACGAGCCUGAGUCCCAACAGGUUCCAGUCAGCCGGCUUCGAGCUGAUUUACCCGGAUUCACAGAGCUCCCCCGUGUCCGUGGGUCACGACACUGGAGAUAUCACCAUCACCAGGAGGCUGGAUAGGGAGUCACAACCUUCCGUGGACCUCACUGUUAAGAUUCAGGACAAACUUGGCCCCGACUGGUACCUGAACAAGGUGAAGCUGACGAUCACUGAUGUCAACGACAAUGUCCCUGAGUGGAAAAUGAAGCCUUACCCAUACCAGGCUGGAGUGUCCCCCGAUGCCACUGCAGGGACCUUUGUUUAUCAGCUCCAGGCCCUCGACGGGGACGAGGGCAGAAGCGGGGAGGUGGAAUAUUUUUUGGCUGAUGGUGGCGAUGGCUGCUUUGCUGUGGACAAGAAGACAGGACAGGUGGCAACCACAAACCAAAAGCUUCAGAGGGACAGAGAGUACUUGUUAGGUGUAGUGGCCAUCGACGGCUUUGGCGGACGCAGUGCGCCCGCUAUGCUCUCUGUGGUAGCAGGAGCCCGACCGCCGCAGUUUACCGAUGCGAGCUACUCCAUCUCCAUACCAGAGAACACGCCCGAAGGACAGCCCUUCCUCGCUGUGUUUGCCAUUUCCUUCCAAAAGCAGCCAAUCAGCUACAGCCUGCUGAUCAAUCCCAGCAGCCUUUUCCACAUUCAGCAGGAGUCAGGGGAGAUCAGUCUGACCCGGACGCUGGAUUACGAGAGUGACCAGCGACGGUACCUUCUGAUGGUGCGAGCCAGCGAGGAACUGGGCAGCCUGAGCACGGCCACAGAGGUUCAGGUGCUGAUCACAGAUGAGAACGACUGUGUCCCAGAGUUUCUCCAGUCCAUCUACAGUGUGGAUGGCGUUCCAGAGACUGUAACCACAGCUACAUCUGUGCUGCAGGUGAUGGCCACUGACUGUGACUCUGGGUUGAAUGCUGAGCUAACCUAUUACACCCUGAGCCCCGACUUCAGCAUUUCGCCACAUGGUACCAUUUUCCCCGCGGUUCGGCUGGACUACGAAAGGCCUAACCAUAUUUAUGAAUUUGUGGUGAUGGUGGUGGAUGGUGGUGAUGGGCCUCACUCUGGCACCGCCACAGUCCGUGUGAGGAUGGUUAAUGUCAACGACGAAGCCCCAGAAUUCUCCCAGCUUGUAUAUCGAACGUUUGUUUCGGAGGAUGCAGGCCCUAAUACCCUCGUCGCCACUGUCCUGGCCAAAGAUCCUGACGGUGAUGGGAUCAUCUACUCCAUAACUGCUGGGAAUGAGGAGGGGAACUUUGUCAUUGACAGCCAGAAAGGGUUGAUUCGACUCCGCUCCACGCCCUUGCCCAAGCUUCAAGGCCUGGAGUAUAUCCUGAAUGUAACAGCCACAGAUGACAAUGCAUCGGGCGGGCUGCACCCGCUCUCAUCCACUGCACGUAUUAUAGUGGGAGUUGAUGAUGUUAACAACAACAAACCUAUAUUUGAAGAGUGCCAGCAAUAUCGUGAGCAGGCUUCAGUGCUGGAGAACCAGCCAACAGGCACUUUUGUGUUACAAGUGCAUGCUGUGGAUGCAGAUGAGGGAGCAAAUGGAAAAGUCAAAUAUGGCUUAAUGCACAGAGACAGUGCCAUGCCUGCCUUCAGAAUUCAUCCAGACUCAGGAGCGAUUGUGACGGCCCAGAGGUUUGACAGGGAGCGUCAGAGAGAGUAUUCCGUUACAGUGACGGCCACUGAUUGGGCAGAGGAACCGCUCAUUGGAAUCUGUCAGCUCACUGUCCAAAUAUUGGAUGAGAAUGACAAUAGCCCCAAGUUUGAGAACAUGCGCUAUGAGUACUUCUUGAGAGAGGAUACUUUGGUCGGUACCAGUUUCCUGCGCGUGGCGGCUCAUGAUGCUGACUUUGGCACUAAUGCAGUCGUCGCUUACGCCAUGUCUAUGGAGCAACCGGAAUACCUGAAGGUCAAUGCUGUCACCGGAUGGGUGUACGUUAACCAACCCAUAUCACAGAGGAGCUAUAUCACACGGGACAUCAGUGGAACUGAUGGAGGGAACAAGAGCACAUCUGUGGAGUUGGCCGUCACCAUCACCAACGUAAAAAAUCAACCCCCACAGUGGGAAGAGGAGAGCUACAGUGUCAUCAUCCCUGAAAACACUGCCAGAGACACACCUAUAACGACAAUCAAGGCAACUUCUCAGCUGGGAGACCCAAGGGUGACCUACAAUCUGGAAGACGGAAUGGUCCCGGAAACUAACAUGCCAGUUCGUUUCUACCUCUCCCCCAAUCGGGAAGAUGGCUCUGCCUCCAUCCUGGUGUCUGAGCCUCUCGACUACGAAACAAACCCCUCUUUCUCUUUGCGCGUGCGAGCACAGAAUGUGGCUGCAGUGCCGCUUGCAGCGUUUACCACUGUUUACGUGAAUAUCACAGAUGUGAAUGACAACGUGCCGUUUUUUACAUCGUCCAUCUACGAAGCAUCAGUAACAGAGGGGGCCCAAACAGGAACCUCAGUUCUCCAGGUGUCGGCUAAUGACAAAGACCUGGGUCCUAAUGGAGAGAUCACUUACUCUCUCCUGAGCGACAACAGUGGUGACCACCAUUUGUUCCGAAUAGAACCCAAACUAGGGGUCAUCUACACCGAGGCCGUGUUUGACCGUGAGGCCCGCAGCUCCUAUUUGCUGGAGGUCCAGUCAGUGGAUGGACAAGAAUCUGCUCGGCCUGGCAAGAACAAACAGCCAAACUCAGACACGGCAUAUGUGCGUGUCUUCAUCAGCGACGUCAACGACAACAAGCCAGCCUUUGUUCAGAGGCUCUAUGAAGUGGCCGUGGAUGAGGAUGCAGAUGUGGGUCUGGCUGUUGUCACUGUCAGUGCUAAUGAUGAAGAUGAAGGGGCCAAUGCCAAGUUGCGCUACCAAAUAACAUCUGGCAACAAAGGUGGCGUUUUUGACAUAGAGCCAGAGGUGGGGACAAUAUUCAUCGCACAGCCGCUGGACUAUGAACAGCAGAAGAGGUACAAACUGCUGGUUCUUGCCUCAGAUGGAAAGUGGGAAGAUUAUGCAGCUGCAGUGGUGACAGUGGUAAAUAAAAACGAUGAGGCACCGGUCUUCUCCAUGAAUGAAUACUAUGGAUCAAUCACAGAGGAACUCGAAGGGUCUCCGGUCUUUGUGCUGCAGGUAACAGCAAUUGACCCAGACAAAGAUGCAGACCAGGGGGCCAUUCGAUAUUCCAUCCAUGGCCAAGGGGCAGAGUCACACUUUAUGAUCAACGACAUCACCGGCGAGAUGUAUGCCCAGCGCACUAUGGACCGAGAAGAACGUGCUGUCUGGCGCUUUGUUGUCAUGGCAACAGACGAGGCGGGCGAGGGAUUAACCGGUUUUACGGACGUUAUUAUCAAUGUGUGGGACAUCAAUGACAAUUCACCCACCUUCUCUUGCCUGCCAGACAAUUGCCUUAGUAGCAUACGGGAAAACUCACCUCCUGGAACCUUUGUUGUGGAAAUGACGGCUGUAGACCUUGACGAUGCUGCUGUAGGCCAGAAUGCAAUCCUGACCUACCAAAUUACUGAAAAUGUGCAGAACACUAACAAUGAAGACCUUUUUACUAUGGAUUCCAGCACUGGCACAAUAUCAGUGGCAUCUGAUGGGCUGGACCGUGAGUUAGUAGACAGUUACCGGCUAGUCGUGGAGGCCUGCGAUGGAGGGGGAAUGGCAAGUACAGCAACCGCCACUAUUAUCUUAACAGACAUUAAUGACCAUGUACCAAAGUUUCAGGAGGAGAUGUGUGCUGCUUGUGUGCCUGAGAAUGCUGAUGUGGACACUACCAUUCUGGAGUUGGGUGCCAUGGACCCUGAUGCCGGUGCAUACGGUCAACUGGCAUUUUCUGUGAUAGAUGGAGACCCAGAACAACAGUUCUAUAUGGUUAGUCACAGACUGGAACAGAUGGGUGUUCUGAGAUUGAAGAGGAAGCUGGACUUUGAGAAGCCAGGAGAGCAAAAAUUUAACUUAACUAUCAAAGUAGAAGACUCUGAUUUCUCUAGCCUUAUCCAGUGUCUGGUUCUAGUUGAGGAUGAGAAUGAUAAUGCCCCUGUGUUUGCCCAGAGCUCUCAUCUUCUCUCUCCUUUGAGCGAAGAUACAGCUGUAGGAACCACUAUCAUCCAAGUGGUAGCUACAGACUCUGACUCAGGUUCAAAUGGGGAGAUUUUGUACAGUAUUCUUCCUCAAUCUGACCCAUAUGGACAUUUUACAGUGAGCCAAUCUGGUAUUAUUACAGUCGCCAGGCCACUGGACCGAGAGGCCGUGGCCAGUUUUGAUUUGGUUGUAAUAGCGAUCGACCAAGGUAGGCCAGCCCAGACUGCCAGUGUAAUGGUGUACUUGGCACUGUUAGACGUGAAUGACAACGGUCCAGAGCUCGAGACAGUCUACAGUCCUGUGGUGUGGGAAAACAGUCCGGCACCUCAAGUGGUGAAGCUCAACACAAGCUCAACGUUGCUUCAGAUUGUGGAUCGAGAUUCCCCAGAGCAUGGGCCUCCUUUCCUCCUCUCCUUGCCUUCAGUCUAUUCAGCUGAUUUUCACCUUCAGGAUCAUGGGAAUGGCUCAGCCACACUCACAGCACUACGGAGAUUUGACAGGGAACGGCAAAGCAAGUUCCUCUUGCCAGUGGUGAUGAUUGACAGCGGCUAUCCACCAAUGACUGCCACAAGUACACUCACUAUAACCAUUGGUGACCAGAAUGAUAAUGCCCAUCAGGCAGGGGAGAAAGAUAUCUACGUGUAUAGCCGCAUUGGAAGGAUGGUAAAUGUAUCACUGGGGAAGGUACAUGCAAUAGAUCCAGAUGACUGGGACAACAAGACCUACACUCUUGAGACAAGUGCAGCCAAAUAUUUCAGAGUGAACCAAAGCUCAGGACUGCUGACUAUUCGACAGAACGCACCAGUAGGGAGUUACUGGAUGAGGGUUGGGGUGUCUGAUGGCGUGUGGCCUGAUGUGAUGUCCGGGGUUAGAGUCCAUGUGAGAGAUCUGGAGGAAAAGGCAGUUCUGUCAUCUGCCUCUCUACGUUUGACUGGCAUAACCACAAGAGAGUUUAUCGACUCUCAUGUCGAGAGGAAGAGUCGGCUGGAGACACUCUUGGACUUCCUGUCUGAGGCGCUGUCUGUCAGAGCAGGCAACAUUAACAUUUUCAGCAUUGCCGACAGGGGGGAGAAAUCAGUGGACAUCCAUUUCUAUGUGCUGUCUGAUACAGGCUACGUGCAUUCAGAGAAGCUGCAUGGGGUUCUUGCUGCGCAUAAGAAGAAGCUGCAAUCACUGCUGCAUGUUAAUAUGAGCCAGGUGCAGGUGGAUGAGUGCGUGCACGCUGACUGUAAGGCAUCAGGUGGAUGCGCCACGCAGCUGACCGUCGGCGAGUCGCCGACCCUGGUAGACGCCGAUGCGUUAUCCUUAGUCUCGGUAAAGGUGACGACCUCGGCCGUCUGCGGUUGCACCGCCAGAGAAAUGACUCACCAAAGCUGCUCUUCCUACUCCAAUAACCCCUGCCUUAAUGGGGGAACCUGCAUUGAUGCCCAGAAUGGAUACAGGUGCCAAUGCCCCCCUCAGCACGACGGGCCAGACUGCCAGCAGACAAGACGUAGUUUCCUUGGCAACGGCUACACCUGGUUUCCUCCCAUGAAGCCAUGCUUUGAUAGCCAUCUUUCCCUGGAGUUUAUGACAGAAGAAGAUGACGGACUGCUGCUGUAUGCGGGCCCGUUGGCCACUCUACUGCCUGGAGAUGUGGAAGACUUCAUGGCCAUAGAACUGAUUGGUGGAGCUCCCAGUCUGAAAAUAAACCAUGGUUCUGGUACCCUAGUUCUCCAGUUGAUAAGCAAUGCUGGCCUGUCUGACAGACGCUGGCAUCGCCUUGAUGUGAGGAGUAACAGCAAAGAAGUGCGCUUUACUAUGGAUCGAUGUUCCACUGCAAUUGUCAUGGAGACAGAAGGUGUGGACUCUUGGGCAAUGACUGAAGACCGCUCCUCUUGUGAAAUUCGAGGGAUCACACCCAAUUGGGACAAGUAUCUGAAUGCAAGUCAUGUGUUGCAACUGGGAGGGGUCAAUGUGAACUCAUCAUACGAAUACCCACAGCUGCAACACAAACACUAUAUUGGAUGUAUAAGAAACCUACGUUUGGACAGCAAGCUUUAUGACCUCGGUUCGCCCGCUGAAUCUGUAAACAGCGUGCCAGGCUGCUAUUUCAUGGAUGACCACUGCACCAACACAGAGCGACAAGAAGACUGUGACAAGACGGGGCGAUGCGAUGGCGAGUGGGGUCCUGUCAGCUGCCAGUGUGAAUCUGGCUUUACUGGGCCAGAGUGUGACCAGCCGGCUCCUGAGUUUUCCUUUGAUGGACGCAGCCACGUUCAGUUCCAGCUGUUAUGGUCCCUGCCUGCGAGACAGAUAAGAGUCCAGGCUGGGAUUCGAACACGUGCCGCCUUUGGUGUCAUCCUCAGCCUGCUCUCUCAGGAGCAGAGUGAAUACCUCCGUUUAGAGGUUGUUCAGGGUCUGCUGGCCGUUUUUUACAAUCUCGGAGACGGAGACUACAAUUUGACACUGCCUUUCCAUAACCUGGAUGAUGGCGAGUGGCACGAGUUGGAGUUGGAUCGCUUCGGUCGAGAGUUCACCCUGCGCGUGGAUGGGGGCGGUGGGCGUCGAGAGAUAAUGGCCUCACCUGGGCGGAGUCAGGAGAUCAUUAUUGACCCCUCUGUUGUGAUGCUUGGAAACUCUUUCCCCUCGGGACACAACAGAAGCUUCCUUGGCUGCAUGCGAGACCUGAGAUUUAGCGGUCGAUCCGUUUCCCUCGACAGGGAGCAGCCUUCAGAGGGGCUUCAGGUGGUCUCUGCUCAGGGCGUCUCCCUUGGCUGCUCUUCAGAAGCCUGCAGGAAACACCCCUGUUCCCCUCCCCUAGUCUGUGUAGACCUCUGGAGGCAACAUGAGUGCAGGUGCCCUCCAGGUCACAUCACUAAGCAGAGCUCUUCAGGCAAAACGUGCAUCUACACGCUGUGCGCCAGCCGUCCGUGUCGCUAUGGCACUUGCGUGGCUCAUUCGCCCUCCCGUUACACGUGCCAGUGCAACGAGGGUUACCGCGGACGGCACUGCGAGGUGACGCUCGCCAUGUUCCAUAACGAAGAUGGCAAUAGCCUGAGCCUCAGCUCCAUGUUUGCCAUCAGCAUCUGUGUGACGGCCUUUCUAGUGUUGAUGCUGGGCCUCUUUCUGUACUCCUGCUGGAGGAGACACAAGGACUUGAAAGAGGGCGUGUACCAUGUAUCGGCGCACCACAGCGAGUGGGAGGACAUCCGGGAGAAUGUGCUCAACUACGACGAGGAAGGAGGAGGGGAGCAGGACCAGAAUGCUUUCAAUAUGGUGGAGCUGCAGCGUUCCCUCCAUCCAAGCUCGGCACAGUCGCUCCGCUACAGCUAUCCGCAAGGCAUCACCCCCUGCCCCGAGAAGAAGCCCCCCCGCGAGCACAACAGGAAGGGGAUGUGUAACGGGAACGGCAGCGCCAUCAUUGCUCUGCGUCUGGCCGUACCCCCCUCAGAGACCGAGACCCUGUCCUCUCCUCUGACACUCCGCCGCUCCAAGAAGCCCCUCUCCUUCUCCAGUCAGGACCUGGCCCGCUACCUGUGCGAGGUCAUCAGAGACAUGGAGCACCCGGAGGAACUCGGCACCAGGACCACACCACGGCAUCCGUCCGGGAAGGAGCGCGGCCGAGCGCCGGUGCGCUCGCUCAGUGCAUCUCAGGGUUCCGAAAUCAGGAAUCAGGGGGCCCAGAGCAGCAGGAUGGACAAGUUCAGAACCCUCCGAGUUGUGGUCAGCGACCUUAGAGGAGACUCCAAGCCUUCGCAGAGCCAGAGAGACAAAGCGAAGGAGAGCAGAGGGCAAGUGAACUGCGGGAAGAGUGGAUGAGAAACCUGAACAAUGAAAGGAGGUGAACGUCCUCUGACAUCGGUGACGAAUCCCAAAGCGAGCUGAUGCUGAUUAAUUGGGAUGCUGUGGAUGGCAUCUGACUCAAGUCUAUUCUAAAUGUACUGUGGAUUGUUGAAACAUUGAGCCCUGAACUUAUUGGAUAUCAAAUGAAUGAUCUCAUGUGAUGUAUUGUUUACUUGGCAUUGCACUCUACAGUAAACACUUUGGGGAGCUCCUCGUGUCAAAGGUACACUCAACAAAAAUAGAAACACGAUACUUGUGAUUUUGUUGAAAAGCUUAUGUCUCUGUCACUUGGUUCCUAAAUUGGUUAAAGCUGUAUUCGUAAGCAUUAUUGAACAAAAUGUGCAAUACAGUUUAAGGAAACGGCUUUAUUCAAGCAAAAGAUGGACGUUCAAGAAGGGCAGAGAGCCUGUCGGCACAGCGAGCGAAACAACCUAAAGUUGUGUAAAGUUGCGUUGCCCUGCGUGAUGCAAACGGUGGUCAUAGCAGACUGACAAGUUCUUUGCCCGCUGAAAAGGUUGUUCGAAGCCUUAGUUCACUGCCAAAGGUAUCUAUUAAAAGCAAACUGUAUCGACCAGUCCAGGGCGUGCAAAUCGACUGCCGGGUGAACGAAUUACUAUUGAAAUGUCUUCAAUUUGGGCGACAUGGUGCGUAGCGGUUAGCACGUUUGCCUCAUAGUCAACUCGAGGGUUCAAAGGGUCAAGGUUCAAAUGUUUUGUUGAGCAAGUACUCCGGUUUCCAUCCACAUUUUAAAAACCUGUAACCUAUAAUCUCCAGUUUUGGUAUUUUAGCAUGAGACAUGCAGUUGAACCACAGGAUUUGCUUUUCUGGGCCACAUAAAAUGAUGUGGCGAGCCGGCUCUGGCCCCCGGGCCAUGAGUUUGAGACUCGUGGUCUGUACUGUCAAAACAAAAGUGUUGAUGUUUUUUUUUGGGGGGGGAGUACAUUUGUCAUUAAAGUUGUUUGGAUCUAAGUCUGCAAGUGAAGUGGCAAAUUUCCCACGAGAUGUUUAGUUUUGCUAUUAGUGACUCAUGAA